CUUCUACGUCAAUGACACUGGGCGGUUCAUGAAUGGGUUUCUGAUCUGAAGUGGGAGGGCCCGUCAUCUGACUACCAGGCAGGGGAAAAAGUGGGUGUUGCUGCGCUGAAGUGUUUGGUCUGGUGCGAUGCAUCUUCAUGACUGUUUUUAACACAAGAGCAGCAGUGCACUGUGCUGACGGACUGAGCAAACAUCUCUUCGUUGAGACGUGCAGGCCAAGUACCAUCGUGCAAAUACAGCGUAGAUCCAGCCCAGCUUCACGGGAGAGGGGAGAACCGUAUCGGUGAGCCAUGGGGUUCCGCAAGAAGAACAAGAGCCCACCGGUGCUGAGCCACGAGUUUGUGAUCCAGAAUCACGCCGACAUGGUUUCAUGUUUGGCCAUGAUCAUCCUCCUCGGCCUGAUGUUUGAGGUCACAGCAAAGUUCGCCAUCAUGUUCAUCACAGUCCAGUACAAUGUAACGCAAGUUCUUGAUGAGAAGACUGAGUCUGUGAAUCUUUACCAAUAUGGCCCUAAAGAUGUGGCGACUGUGUUUUUCUACCUGCUUAUCUCGGUCAUCCUUCAUGCAUUAAUACAGGAGUACAUUCUUGACAAAAUGAACAGGAGGUUGCAUCUGUCAAAAACCAAACACAGCAAGUUCAACGAGUCUGGACAGCUCGCAGCGUUCUACCUGUUCUCCUUCAUCUGGGGCUGCAUCAUCCUCACAGCGGAGGACUUUGCUUCAAAUCCUACUUUCUUAUGGGAGGGUUACCCACACACUCACAUGGUUUUUCAGGUUAAAUUCUUCUACAUUUGCCAAAUUGCCUAUUGGCUCCAUGCACUUCCCGAGCUGUACUUUCAAAAAGUACGAAAGGAGGACAUCCCUCGUCAGCUCUAUUACAUCUGCCUUUAUGUUGUCCACAUCACUGGUGCCUAUGUCUUAAACCUCCAUCGACUGGGCCUGGUGCUGCUGGUCCCUCACUACCUGGUGGAGCUCCUGUUCCACGCUUCACGCCUCUUCUACUUCAGUGAUGAGAACAAGCAGAAAGGUUUUACUCUGUGGGCGCUUCUUUUUGUCAUCGCCCGCCUCCUCACCCUCACACUCUCAGUUCUGACGUUUGGCUUCGGACUGCCCCGUACAGAAAACCAAGGCUUUUCUCUAGCAGAUGGAAACUUCAAUGUUCUCACCAUAAGGAUGACUUGUCUGGCAGCUAUCUGCCUGACACAGGCUUGGAUGAUGUGGAAAUUCAUUAACUUCCAGUUGAAAAAGUGGAGGGAGCACAGCCAGAAUCAGGCAUCAAAGAAAAAGGUUGUCAGCCCAAAGAGCAAACCUCACAAAAAGGAGCCUGCAAGAGGGGGUGCUUCUAAUGGGGUUGUGAAGUCAGAGGAUAAAACAUCGCCGCGAGCAAGGAAAGCCAAAGCCUCAUAGGGACAGAGAAACCUGUAUGAGAAGAGAAACUGAUGUAGGGAGUUCUGACAAUGUGACUCUGUCUUUACACAACUUCAGAUUUUGUCAUCUGCUCUCCAAAACAAAUGUUUAAGCGCACUAAGAAACCUUACACGACUGUCCCUUUGCAGUUGAAAACUCUGUGUUUGAGAAAAGUUCAGUGUUAUUGCCGACUAGAAUUGUUCAUUUUGGAUCUGGGUUGUCUGCAGAUGGGUUGUUGGCAGGACAGUGGUGGUUAUGAUGCUUUAACAGGAUAGAUUUAGCUCUUCAAAGUGUCCUUUUGUGUUAAACUGGCUGGGUACUUAAAACUGAGUUGGUCAUCUUGGGUUAUUUGACACAGAUCAGCUCACCUCACAGUACCAUAAAAUGAGGAUUUUGACUUCAGGGUAAUUUAACAUAAAGUGUUGAGGAACAGAUUGACUGUGCGGGACAUUAUUUUAAGUUUGGGCCUUAUUCAGUUAAACUCGCAAGCCUUUCUUUCUCUGCAAGACAGCACUGUGAUACUCUGCUGCUGUCAGGAAACGAUCCUAAAUGAACGGCUCCAGAGGAAUAUUUCUGCUAUUACGUAUUCAGCAUAGCUGCAGCCAGAAAACUGAAGCUUGUACUUAACUCCUUGAUCAUUGACUGUCAUUAUUUGACAGCCUCUGCCUUUGAAAUCCUCUGUUACAGGAUUGAGGCACCUUGGUGUUUUUUGCUUGCCGUUAUCACUCGCCUGGUUCUCAGUUUCACUCUGUCACAGGGGCUUGUCCAGGUUUGAUGACUCACCAAGAGGAAGCUGUACUGUAACCUGUGAUGCUGUACUGUAUGCACACAGUUAAAUCCUCAUAGUGGCAUGAUUGGAAAGCACGAAACUGUGUCCAAGGGUGCGAUAAAGUCUUUCAUACGGUGAUGUUAAUGCAUGAUGGUUUAAGGCUAAAGACUUUACCACUAACUCCUACCUGUGCUGUUGAGUUUGCAUUUCUCUCUCAAACACACACACAUACACACACAAGCAUUCAGUGGCCUUUUUCACAACUGCUGCAAGAGGUUUGAGUUAUUUAUUUUUGCCAUAUACUUCAAAAAGAUAUUAUUUGAUAUGCUUUGAGAAGGUAUAACCAGCAAACACAGCGGUACAUAGCAACUGCAUUCAGUUAAUCCAAACAAUACAAUCUUUCUUCAAGUGUCCUUACGAUGUCGGUGGUUUGUAUCUCUCCUUCUGCUCGUGUUGCGUUCUGUUUGCCUUCUCUGUUUGCUUUCUGACUCUUGGGUAUCAGGGGACGAGCUGGUCGCCACUAACCCUGAAGUUACAUCCAAUAGUGCAAUGGGAGGUUUGUUUGUAAGGGGAGAGUUGUUUGUAUGUCUGUGCACUUAACUUGUAUGUGGACAGUAUUUGCCUACUGUGUGUGUGUGAAUGAAGUGGGCGUGGACUGUGAUGAUGACAACAAGGUUUAUUAUUACUUGUCUUGUUUAAAAAAAAAAAAACACUUGCCUGCGUGCAGAGCAUGAAAUGUGACAAUCUGUGCAUUGACUCCUGCCCUCUUUGUUGGAUUCCACCAUCAUUUCCUGUCUUCUAUUUCACUUUGGUUCGGCCCAUCUCAGCUCCCACAUUACUUCUGUGUGUAAGUUGUGGAUCGGUGUGUGUUCGAUGGGUAACUAAAUGCUUAUGUGCUCAGUGUCUCCACCCCUUUUAGAUGACCUGUCCCGUGUGAGAGAGAUUCUGUGAUUUCCGUUUGCCAAAUGUGGCAUCUCUCAUCCUUCUCGCUUCACCUUUUCAAUGAUUCUGACAUUGCUAUGGAGCGCACGCACUGAACUGUAGUUGACCAAGUCCGACCAUCUCAAUUAGACCAACUUCUCUAUUACGAAACUGUGCAUGUGAAGCUCUGCACAGAUGGAGAAAUAGGUGGUUUGGACUGGAGUCUGAGUCUAGAGCAGGGAGGAGAUGAAGAUGCCGCUCAUUUUUGCUCUCUUUAGCGUUCCUUAUUGGGACGUUAGGUGGUCUUUAAAGCACUGUGUCUGCGUAUGGUAGUGUCAUAGGAGGAAAGGAGGAGCGGAGGACUUUUGUACCAGCCUGUUAUUAAACUGUCUCAAAUGUAAAAGAGAAAAAAAACAGACUUAAUCCUACACUGUACUAAAAUGUGUCAGAUUUUUAAGCUAUUUUUAUAAAGGGGGGAAUUCACUGUU